GUGGGGCUUCGUUCUAGAACCCGCAAGCUAUCUACUUAGCCGUCACCCGCCCCAGUGUCCACCCACCAUUUUCAUGGAUACCUCGUCAUUUCCCAAUAAUAAGACGUGCUGUUUUAAUUAGAAGACAACACCUGGAGGUGGAAUUUUCAAGGAUUCUUCACACCUCUAUACCAAAAUGGCAGACGAACCAGAAUGCCAACUGCGCCGGCGAAAGGUAUCAGGCAACCCCAACCUGCCUUUGAACCUGGACGUGGAGUAUCUGGUCAGCGACGGCGACCCCGACCAGGGCACGCCCUCACCUAGCAAUGUUAGGCGCUUGUCUCAUCAGAAACAGAAGUCGUCGUCUUCAGCACUCCUUGACUAUAAGAAUAAGCAGCAGUCUUUUGAUAUUCAGGUUGAGGAGUGCGAAGAAGAAGAGAUAAUAAUAGAGAGUGAAGACGACGACGAGGAUAAUGCUGAGGGUGGCGAUGAUCGCUCCAUCACACCAACGCCUAUACAGGACUUCGGGGCCAAUGUCGUAUAUACGGAAGGUCCGCAGGCUACAGACUUCUUGAGGGUAAAAGCAAUGGAAGCUGAAUGUUAUACGGACGUGUCUGACGCCGACACGGAUGAAGAAGGCAACUAAGUUAAACAAAAUAAUAUAUUACAAAAUAUACUGAAUGAUAUGAUUAUCCUAACAACGCUUAUAUAUCAUUCAAAUACUGUCCAAAUCUCACAUUUAUUGUAACGCAUUGAAAUUGUAUAAGUAAAUGCUUUGAUAUUUUAAA